AUUAUAGUCGAUCAUGGAAAUCAAAAACCAGGAAGAGAAGGAGAAGAAAGAUUCGGUUUUAUCCCAAUUUCAUGGGAUUCCAUCAAUUCAACUUCCAAGCAAUUUGCUGAGCAUCCAUGAGUAUGGAAAAUUUGUUCGGGCUUUAUGCUCUUUACCGAUAAAAGCGUCUUUCUUUGAUCCGAUCGGUCCGAUCUAGGAUGACAUUCUCUACUGGGAGGAUUCACUUCAAUCCUCUUCGAUCCUAGAACCUGACAAUCAGAUGAAUCGUAUUCUCGCCGGGAACAAGGAAUCGGUUUCAUCCCGAUCGAUUGGGGAACCUGUCAAGGAGAUAAAGAGUGUUAUCCUGGGUAAGGAUGAUUUUCAGUUUCAACUCAAUCAAUUGUCAAGUAGAUGACUAGUUUCAUCAGUUUUAUCCCAAUCUGAUGAUUCAAAACUAGGGUUUGUUACCUUUCCCCUUUUUUCUUUUACCGAUGUUAAUUAUGAUCCUUUUGUUUUUUGUAUGGUGCUGCUGCUAAUCAACUGGUAUUGUUUACCUACUUAUUUGCCAGGGGACUGUGAUUCACAUUUCUUCUGUCUUCCCAGCUUGGUCCCUUGGCAGAGCCAUUGGAGUUGAGGCUCAGCAGAAAAAGACCAAUUCCUUUAUUUGACUUGUGUUGGGAUCAAUACUAUGAGUAUAGACAUCACUGAAAUGAGAUCUGCUGCAACCUCUGGCUGCAGAAUCUCCAACCUGGCCAUGUCGCCUACCUUGUUUCAGUUCCCUCAGAGAAGUUGCAAUGUCUAUCUUACCUUUUCUUUUAAUUUCCCUUUUUUCCUAGGGCUUUACAUUGUUGAUGAAAGAACAUUAAACAAAUAAGAAUUUAAAUUAUUAGAAAGUAUUCAUAACUUAACUAAUUCAUGUCUCUGCUCUGUUUUGGUUUCUUGUCAAGAAAAUGAAAAAUUGGAAGCUAGUUGAAUAUCCUAUUGCAGGAGAAAUUUUGUAGAUUGAUUGUAUGAGGACAUCCUGUUGCAGUUAUUGCUGAGAGGGUGUGUCUUUUGCUGCUGUUUAUAGAGAGGAAUGGGAUCUCCAGCAGAGCAUUACUCAUGGAGAAUUGAAACAAACGUUCCUCUUGCUCACCCUUUCAAUGGACCCAAGUCACCUGUUCGUGAAUUAGAUAUGAAGGCCCCAAUAAGGAAACAGUUGGCCAAUAUUGUUAUCGUGGAAUAUCCUGUAAUUCAUGUUUUUCUCCCUUCACAU